CAACCUCCCCGUGCCACUCUUCCCCUCCCCCUUCCAUCCUCCCUUCCCUCUGCGACCGGUAACCAUAGCAACAGCAACGGCGGGACUACUAGAAAGACCUCCCCGUCUCUCCCCUCCCGGGCCAUAGGCAAUUUCUAUCCAACAUCAGGGGAUGGCGUCCAGUCCUUCAGGGCCUCAGGAGAAAAAGGGCACUCUAAAUUCACAUAAUCCCCCUACACCAGCGGUGUUAACCAGAUCUGAGGAGUAUUUGGUCCGUAUCAGCACAGAACUUACCAACGAGGCCCUGAUGGGAGCCCAAUAUCCAAUAGGCUCUGACCUGCCCAAGGAAUUGAAAAAACUGGACCAGGGAACUCAGAUGUCCCGACACGUGCCGCCAACCACUCGGACCAAGGGCACAGAUACUCGUUCUGACAGAAACAGGACCAGAAACAAGACUCAUCUCCUGCCAUCCAGAGAGAUGGUUGAAGAUUUUAAAGAUGAGAAAGUUAAAUUGCUGAAGUUGAAAGAGAAAGACCUAUCCCAACAUAAGCAGGUAGAGACUGUACGACAAGAGGACACUCUGGGUGGAAGCAUGUAUUUGACUCCCCGACGGAAUGCUCGGAGGUCGACUACAAUCCCAGAAGGCCUCUCUUCCUAUCCUUUGAGGAAAGAGCAAGGAAGUAUCAAGAGAGAAGAACUAGACUCAAUGGAAGGAAGUGACAGGGAAGGAGAUUUCCAUUUAGGAAAAAUAUUCCAUCAGAACUGCUCACCAGCUGCCUCAAAAAGCUCUGGGUUACUAGAAGUGUUGAAGCAAAGACUGGAUGACCAUCUCUCUAAGAGGUUGUAGAAUGUGGCUUGAGAUCCCACUCUUCACAAUUCAUCUGAAAAAAUCCUAGGGUGGACUCCUGGCUAUGAGUGUCAUCAUCCGCAAGACCCAAAGACUCUCCCAAAGACAUUCUUCUUCACUCCCUACAGCCCGGCCAUGACACCAUCAGGAGCCAGAGACUAAUAAAGAGACGGGGACCCCCGCUUUCCCCUCCCCCAAUUCAGGCAA